UGAGCCCUGGGCUCGGGCUCGGACACGGGUGGCAACGAUCGGCUCACGCGGCCCACACCUCUCCGCAAUCCCAGCUAAGCCGCACCACCUCCUCUCCCGGACCCGAGCCGCGGCGCGACGACCAUGCUCUUCUACUCCUUCUUCAAGUCACUUGUGGGAAAGGAUGUGGUCGUGGAACUCAAAAAUGAUUUGAGCAUCUGUGGGACCCUGCACUCUGUGGACCAGUAUCUCAACAUCAAACUAACAGAUAUCAGUGUUACAGACCCAGAAAAAUAUCCGCACAUGCUUUCUGUGAAGAACUGUUUUAUCCGGGGCUCUGUAGUCAGAUAUGUGCAGCUGCCAGCGGAUGAAGUUGACACCCAGCUACUACAGGACGCAGCUCGAAAGGAGGCUAUGCAGCAGAAACAGUAGUGACUGUUACCACUGCCUGUGUGACAUUUACACCCCCCCCAGUCCCUCAGCUCAGGAUCCUUUUUUUAAAGUGAGGGGUUUUUUUUGUUUUGUUUUGUUUUGGAAGGGCAGGGGGAAUAACAGAGUGAUCUCUAAAAGUGAUAGUGCAGGGGAAAAGUUAUUCCCUGUAGUGACAGGAAGGAUGGGGAGGGGAGGGGGGAGGGGUUGCACAAAGCAUUCAUCUUGACCUCUUCUCAAACUCCUUGUUUCUUUCUCCUUGCUGGAAAAGUGAAAAGUGGGUGGAAAGUAAUGGGACUGUCUCCCCGGGAAAGAGAUGUAUCUCAAAUUGGGGAGUAAAAAGAACCUGUCCCGCAUCGGGAAUAAAGUUUGAGCCUUGGA